AUGAACAGCCCACUCUGGAACGCAGCAUACGCUGCUAUAAGUGCCCUCAAGAGUUUAGGGUACGAAGAUGCUUGCUUUGUGGGCGGUGUAGCUUGUGCACUCUAUGGAAACAGCCGUCAGCCUCACGACCUUGACAUUCUUGUUCUUAAUACGCAUCACGAUCAAGAGCACAUCAAGCGCCGUCUCACCAAUGCCGACUCAUCUUUCUUCCUCGUCCCGUCAAAGAAGGUAGGCGCUACGUACAAGGUACUCUGGUAUAAAAAGCAGCAGACGGCGUAUGGGUACUUGAGUUAUGGAUCAUACGGAAUGACGCCCAGUACCUUCGACGCCAUCAAGGUCGAUAUUCUCCUACCAGGGGUGAUGGACAUUCCAUCCUUCCCAGCUAGUGAUAUUCAACGCAGCAACUCGCGCUACUUACCAGCCGCACCACUCGCACUAGUGUUGCUGCUCAAGCUUCAAGCGUGGUCGCAGCACCGAGCGGCACUUCAGAGUUACUACUAUCGCGAGCAAUACAAGGAUAGCAUGGAUUUGGAUGCACUUGUACCGAUAGCCGCACAAAAGGGCAUCAAACCACCAACAGACACGAGUCUACCCCAAUCAUUUCUAACCAUGGCAGAAAAGCGCGUCAAGGAGUAUCUGACCGCCUAUCCAGAGAGCCCAACGCGUGACGGUUGGCGAUCUAUGGGAUACAGCGUCCCUAAUCUCACCCCUCCGUCGGGAGCCCGGACGCGAACACCCGUCUAUACGAACUCUAGUCCAUCCGGUUCGUCUUCGAAUACCAAGGACGGCACUUCAAAGCCAAAGGUCAAACCCUUGCCCCGCUACAGGCCAGUAUACUCAUACAGGCGUUCGAGAUACUAG